CGCAGUAUUUGACUUUCUCCCCUCAGACGGCGCACAUAAACAAAGCCGCGUUACAACUCCGAAAAGCACCCAGCAGCACUGACAAUCAGUUGCCAGGAGCGGACGUAGAGUUUCAGCGCCUAUUUAUUUAUUUUUUAUUGAUUCUAUUUUUCUAAAAAGAACAAACUUCCUUGUGUUCCUCAGAAAGAAAAUAGGACGAUCGCGAAACUUAUUUUACCUCCGAUGACUUCGUGCCUCCUCAGAACAUUUUAAAGCCUUUUUUCCCCUCUUGAUUAUUACUACUCUUUGUGAUUAUUCUGGAUGGAAAAGGGGAUACUUCGUGUGAGGUUGUAACCACAUGUAAAGACGGAACCGCUACAGCAAACCAGCACAGGUUCGGAAGAGCGCGCCCAGCCGAGCUCGGAACCCCGGCGAUCGGAUCCCCCCUGUGCCACGUCCGCCGAGUUCUCCCCGUUCCAGGAUCUCUAUCCCGGCAGCAGCCACGAUACCUCUAAACUCCGGACACCCAGCACCAUUCAGCGCGAAGCCCUUUCACCAGAUCUAUGGCAUUCUGACAAUGAACAGGCGCGCUCAGUUAUUGGAACAGCUGCAGUUUGUCCAGUUGAAAUGCACAUCUCGAGACAUGCCCUGUGUGCAGGCUCAGUACGGGCCGGCCCCUCCAGGCUCCGCUUACUCCGGCCAGUCCUUUAGCUACCAGGGUGACAGCUACAGCUCCGACCUUAUGACCCACGACUACACCAAGUUGGACCUGGGCGGGGGUGAGAUCUCUGCUGCCGCAACCACCUCCCUCCCGAGCUUCAACGUUUUUGUGGAGGGCAGCUACGAGCCCAAGUCCUCCUGCCUCUACCAGAUGCCCCACCACAGGCCCACCAUUAAAAAGGAGGAGGAGAGCUACCCAACUGCCCCGCCUCUGGAGCCCAUAUCCUCCACUACCAUGUACUUUAAACAGUCCCCUCCGUCCACUCCCACCACCCCGUCCAUGACGCAGCAGCCUGGCACCUCCUUCAUGUGGGAUGAACACUCUUUGGCCUCUCAGUCUCACCCUCACUCCAUGGGCUCUGGCCUCGAGACAGGGCCCCUGAAGUCCCCCCGCUUUUCACACUUUUACCAGCACUCACCACCCCACAGUGGAGGCAGUGUCGGUGGCUACGAGAGCCUUGGAGGGGGGCUGGUGCGCACCUCUUCCUCUUCCUCCUCCUCUUCUUCAUCAGUGUCCCACCCCCACGGCCAGCACCUGGAGCAGCCCAUGUACCAGCUGCACCGUGGGGCUGGGGGCAGCAGCCUCGCCUUCCGCUCCCUGGCUCUGGGACCUUGUGGCCCCCUGCUUGGGGACAGCCUGCCUUCACCUCCUCCUCGUGGCCCACAGGGAGAGGGGACCUGUGCGGUGUGUGGGGACAACGCAGCAUGCCAGCACUACGGCGUACGCACCUGCGAGGGCUGUAAGGGCUUCUUCAAGCGCACUGUGCAGAAAAACGCCAAGUAUGUGUGUCUGGCCAGCAAGAACUGUCCUGUGGACAAGAGGAGACGCAACCGCUGCCAGUACUGUCGCUUUCAGAAGUGCCUAAGUGUGGGCAUGGUGAAGGAAGUGGUCCGUACUGACAGCUUAAAGGGGCGCCGAGGCCGCCUGCCCUCCAAACCAAAGAGCCCCCUGCAGUCAGAGGCGUCUCCCCCAUCUCCCCCUCUCAGCCUGCUCUCUGCUCUGCUCAGGGCUUACUCCCACUGCACACCACAAGAUCUUGACUACAGCCAGUUCAGCGCCGCCGAUCCUCCGUCCUCCACCUCAGACGCAGAGCACAUCCAGCUCUUCUACAGGCUGCUCACAAUCUCGAUGGAGACCACCAGAUGCUGGGCUGAGCGGCUGCCGGGCUUUGCUGAGCUCCAGCGUGACGAUCAGAACCUGCUCAUAGAUUCAGCCUUCUUGGAGCUGUUUGUCCUGAGACUUGCAUACAGAUCUACGCUGUCAGAGGACAAGCUGGUGUUCUGUAACGGCUCAGUGCUGCACAGGUUCCAGUGCCUUCGUGGGUUUGGAGAGUGGCUGGACUCCAUCCGUGAUUUCUCAACCCACCUCCAGACCCUUAACCUUGAUGCUUCUGCCUUCGCCUGCCUAUCUGCCCUGGUACUGCUAACAGAUCAAGUCCCAGGUCUGAAGGAGUCGAAGCGUGUGGAGGAGCUGCAGAAUAAAGUCAUCUGCUGUCUCAGAGACCACCUGGGCUGCGGACCCUCUUCUUCCUCCAACAAAGCCAUCCCUCCCCUGAGCCGUGUGCUGGGUUUGAGGGCGGAGCUCCGCUCUCAGAGGACCCAGGGCCUGCAGCGGAUCUUCUACCUGAAGCUGGAAGACCUCGUGCCGCCCCCACCAUCGAUCGACAGAUUCCUGGACACCCUACCCUACUGAUGACUCGGGCUGACCGCAUAGAAAGAAACCCAUGUCAACGUCCUGUUCAGGCCUUUUAACCCCCCACCUCCCCAAAGGAGGAGAGAGAUAGAGAGAGAGAAAGAGACUCUCCCUUCUGACUGAUGGCGAGCGGAGAGAGCAAAUCGAAAGCAUCUCGUCCGUUUGGUGGGGGGCUACCAAACGGACAACCAACAAAAACGCUUUUCACCUGUAAAAAAGACAAUAACUCAAAAAUGCUUUGCAACCUUUUAUUUGAUCCUCCACACUUUCUUGUCGGGGAGGAUGAUGAAGUUGAGUUGGACAGCAGAAUGACUUGUUCCUGUCCUUUCUCCAUCUGGGUGGCAGCUCACUUUUGCAAAAACAAAAAGAGAGAAGGGUUUAUGGGUACUGUGUUGAUCUAUGUUUUGCCCUCGCUCUUUCUGUCCAAGGACUUCUUCUUUUUAUGAAAAGGUCAAGUCUCAGUGGGACAGAAAGUUUGCUGAGUUACUGAUGUGACAGUGAGACUCAAGUUAGCUUCUGUUGAUAAGAAGAAGGGGGGUGUUUUCAUACUGUAGUGUAGAGAAAUGUCAGAGGUCAGACAGAAAGGCAGAAACACGUAAAACUAUUUCAUUAACACGUGGAAGUGGCUAUCAAGGCGGCCUCUUAAUUACAAAGUGCAAUUUCACCACAAAAAGGAAGACACGGAGGAGGGAAGGUCUAAUUUCAAACUCUAAAUUAUUUUAAUACAAAGACUUUGUCCUGUGCUGUCUCCGUGUGACUUUUCACACAGCGGAGGAGAAACUGUGCACUAAACUAUCCAAGAUUGAGUCACCCAGACUUGAACUCCCUCUUCUGUCGUUUUUGGUUUUCCUAUUUUUGAAUAGUAUCGCAUUUUAAAAUCACAGGUUGGGGUAGAACUGUGGUCACAUAUUGGCUUUUAAAGCACUUACAGAGAAGGGCUACAAGCUCCGACACAUGCCAUGCCCGUACGGGCCGGAGGGCAUUCGACAGAUCGAGAAGGGAGGAAGGAGAGAGGAGUUGAAGGGGGUCAGGGGGGGGUUAAACAUUCCAUGUUCGUGCUCUUUUUUUUUUUUUUUUUUUUGCAUUUCUAUCAUGGAUACUGCACAGGAGUCCCUAAGCCUAAGAGAGGUCAGGAACGUGGUGGAAGUUGUCGAGAGCUGCCAUCACAAGAAAAAAAAAAACGGCUCCAGCUGUGUUUGCUGCACGGGGAUCUCCCCAGGCCUCCACCACCCACUCACACCAUCACGGCAGCAGUUUAAAAAUGAACGAAGCAAAUUAUAGAUAUAUAAAUAUAAUAUAAAUAUAUAUAUAUAUAAAAACUAAUAUUUUGAAGUGUUUUUAGCUUUUUCAAAUAUUGUGGUACAACUUGUGCAUUUUCUUUUUUUCUUUUUUUAAAAGAAGAAGAAAAAUUAAAAAGAUAAAGACUUGCUGUUUUUUCAAUGUACUUCUUUGGUUUGAGUUUCCUGUUUGAUAUAUAUAUAUAUAUAUAUAUAUUUUUUUUUUUUUUUCCCCUCUUUUGUUCACUGGAUUUUCUGUUCAGCACUUUGAAAUCAUAAACUAGUUCUGAUUAUUCUGACCUGCUGCAUCCUGUGUUUUGAUUCUUUGUUGUUAACUUCUCAUCAUAUACAAAAACAUUUGCGUUUCAAGGCAAACUUUUCAUUUUGUGAAGAUUUUCACAUCAUAGACCAUCACAAACUAAUGCAUAAAUGUGCUCAUGAAGGAAAAGGAUACAUGGUUUCCUAAAUUUUGUACUAAUAAAAAUAUAAUAUUUGUA